AUGGUCUUUGAUCUACCUUUUUACGACCAUAUGAACAUUACAGUUCUGGUUGUGGAUGAUGAUCCUAUUUUUCUCUCUAUUAUCCCAAAUAUGCUUAAAAAUCCGAGCUACAAAGAUACAUCAUUUGGGGAGAUUACUGUAAUGACAGCAAAUGAUUCCUCAGAAGCAGUACACAAGCUUAUAGGUGAAUGCAACAACAUUGAUAUUGUAAUCACCGACUAUCAUAUCCCUGGUUUGAAUGGUUUGCAACUUAAAAAGAAGAUUAAAGAAGAAUUUGGAAAUCUACCUGUUAUUGGUGUAAGGGUUUUCCUUCCCACUUAUCGAACGUUAGAGCACCUCCAUCGUUCAAAUCCUUAA